UUUAAAUUUUUUAUUCCUUCAUUUUUUCAUACUUUUUUUAAGAUUGUCCAAUUUCUUCUUUAUUCAAUGCGGGUGCCAGAGUUUGAUCUCGAGACUGCUUCUUCCUUUAGUGAUUUGAAUACGGCGAGUUCCACAAGUACUUCUAGAUGCUGUAAUAACAAGAAUUGUAAGACUUGUCAAAUUACUUCUAAAAAGGCUUACAAUAAGGCGUUGAGGCGUUUAAAAGUUUAUGUCGAUUUAUUGGAUCUUUUAAUCAAAACAAGUCUUCUCUACAUUUUUGUGAUGCCUCUAGUGGCCUACUAUUUUCCCUACUAUGUUGGCACAAAAUUAUGCAUUUUUAUUGUUGUUGUUAGUCUUCUUGCAAUGUUUGGAUGUUUUAAACAGAAAAUUUUUUUGUUUUAUCCAACUUUUGCCUUACAUCUUUACCUUCUGGCUCUUUAUAUAAUUGGUCUUCUUCCCAUGCCUUUUUGCCUCUUUGAAUUAGAUGAAUGUAAACAAAUUUUUGAUGAUCCCAUGACUGGAGGAAAAUUGUUGUCAAUCUAUACAUUUGGCUUUACACAGUGGCGCUUUUUGCUUAUGAUAUUGAGACUUUUUUGUCUGAUUGUAAUCUCCCUAAAUUCUUACAAUAUCUGGAAAAUUAUUAAGUUGAUGCCUACUUAUACUCCCGGUAUGCAUGGUAUAGCUGUUGAUGUUCUAAAAUUAAAUUCAAAGAGAAGGGAGCGGUUUUAUGAAGGGCUUUAA